AUGGAGCUCGUCGCUUCGCCAUGGCGCAGCACCUUCCCUUUGCCACCCUUGUCCCGAACGCCUGCGCCAUGUGUUGUGCGCUCGUCCCUUGCGUGGACGGUGGAGGCUAUCACGGCCAGAGUGGCGACACCGUUGCUGGUGACGGGGAUCGCCGCUGUGGCCACGCGUAGAAGAGAGAGAGGGAUCACCCGAAGCGCGUGCGCUGCGCGUGCGCCGGUGCAGAAGGGCCAGGUGCUGCCGGCACAGCUGGUGCCUGAAAGCAUCCAGGCACCGCCCUACGUGGCGGAUCCCGAGAAGGUCCGCGGCUGGUGGAAUGCGCAGAUCGUCCCGAAGAGUGAAGAAGAGAUCGAAGCAAUGCGAGCUGCUGGGAGGCUGGCGCAUUCAGCAUUGGACCUGGCUGAAGAGCUAAUCCGUCCUGGCCUCACCACGGAGGAAAUGGACAAAGAACUACACACCUUCAUCUGCGACCAUGGAGCUUAUCCUAGUGAUCUGCAGUACAAAGGAUUUCCCAAGAGCGUGAUGAUCAGCAUCAAUGAGGUCAUAUGCCAUGGGAUCCCUGACACGCGACCUUUGGAAGAUGGAGAUCUAGUGAAUGUGGAUGUGACUUUAUACCUUGGAGGCUUCCACGCAGAUACAGCUCGCAGCUGGAUGUGCGGGCAGGGCGAUGAAACUGGGCAGCGCUUGGUCUCAGCCACACGUGAAGCCUUGGAUGCGGCGGUGGCCGUGUGCGCGGCCGGAACUCCCUUGAAGGCGAUCGGCACGGCGGUGGCCACCGUGGCGGAGCGGGAGAAGUUCGGAAUCGUCAAGACCCUGGUGGGACAUGGCAUCGGUGAGUUUUUCCAUGGAGUUCCUCAGAUUUUUCACUGUCGCAAUAGCGACAACCGGAAGAUGCAAGAAGGCACGACCUUCACCAUCGAGCCGGUUCUGACGGAAGGUUCGGCGGAGUGGAUCACCUGGGACGAUGGCUGGACGGUGGCCACGGAGGAUGCUGGACGAGCAGCGCAGUUCGAACACACCGUUCUAAUCACUGCUGAGGGAUGCGAGGUGUUAACCUGA